ACAAACAUGGCGGAGAGCAGGACAGCAGAAACGGGUAGCGACAUAGAAAUAGAUGAAAUCAUUACAGGAAACUUAAGCAAAUAUACAGCUUUUCCACCAGGUUACUAUGGACAGACAAAAAAAGGUCAUCUUGUAUUUGAUGCUUGCUUUGAAAGUGGAAACCUUGGGCGUGUUGACCAUAUUACUGAAUUUGAAUAUGAUCUUUUCAUCAGACCAGACACAUGUAAUCCACGUUUUCGAGUCUGGUUCAACUUCUCAGUUGAAAAUGUAAAAGAAUCUCAGAGGGUAAUUUUCAAUAUUGUCAACUUCAGUAAAACGAAGAGCCUCUAUCGAGAUGGAAUGGCUCCAAUGGUAAAAUCUACAAGCCGGCCUAAAUGGCAGAGACUUCCACCCCGAAAUGUGUAUUAUUAUCGCUGUCCUGAUCACAGAAAGAAUUAUGUUAUGUCAUUUGCUUUUUGUUUUGACCGAGAAGAUGACAUAUAUCAAUUUGCUUACUGCUACCCUUAUACUUAUACUCGUCUUCAACAUUAUCUGGAUAAUUUAGAAAAGAGGAACAUGGACUAUUAUUGCAGAGAGCUUCUAGGACUUAGUGUGCAACAGCGGCAACUUGACCUCUUGACUAUAACCAACCCUGUGAAUCUUCGUCCCGGAGCAGAACAGAAAGUGGUGUUUAUUACAGCCCGUGUCCAUCCAGGGGAAACACCAUCAUCUCUUGUAUGCCAAGGUAUCAUUGAUUUUCUUGUGAGCCCACAUCCAAUUGCCAAAGUACUACGGGAUCAUUUGGUCUUCAAGAUCGCUCCUAUGCUUAAUCCGGAUGGAGUUUAUCUUGGCAAUUACAGGUGUUCCUUGAUGGGCUUUGAUUUAAAUCGGCAUUGGGUAGAUCCCUCUCCUUGGGCUCAUCCUACACUUCAUGGUAUAAAGCAACUAAUUAUUCAGAUGCACAACAAUCCGAAAGUUACCCUGGAAUUCUAUAUUGACAUCCAUGCUCACUCCACUAUGACGAAUGGCUUUAUGUAUGGGAAUGUUUUUGAAGAUGAAGAAAGAUUUCACAGACAGAUUAUUUUCCCGAAGCUGCUCUGUCAGAAUGCUGAAGACUUCUCCUUUUCAAGCACUUCCUUCAAUCGAGAUGCUGUUAAGGCAGGAACAGGACGUCGCUUCCUUGGUGGCCUACUGGAUGACACUUCUUACUGCUAUACACUAGAAGUCUCAUUUUACAGCUACAUAGUUGGAGGAACCAGUUCCACAGUCCCAUAUUCAGAAGAAGCGUAUAUGAAAUUAGGACGGAAUGUGGCCCGAACAUUUUUGGAUUACUACAGACUAAACGCCAUUACAGAGAGACCUUUAGCACCAGUUUCCAGUACAUGGAAAGAAAAAGCAAUCCCUUAUAGAUGUUCCUACCAUCGAAUCCAAGGAAACAAUCAAGCUGCCAACAAACCAGAGAAGAGAACCCAUACAACACUGAAGCACACUCACUCAUCAUAAAUCACUAAAGAGAAAUGCCUUUCAAAAGAAAUGGAAGAAACAAGUUAUAUCAGCACUUUUAACAUUUAAAAUGGAUGAUUAUAAUCAAUCCUCCUUCCAGCCAAUUAUUUUUAUGAAAGGGAGGCAAAAUGUUUUUCUUAGGAAUGUUACUGUUGACAUAUUAUUCACUGAUUUAUCACAAGUCUUAUUUCUCAAAAACAAGCUAUUAAAUACAGAAUGUUCAUUCUUAUUCAGCCAUGUGGAAUGCUUAACAUAAAAACGCAAAUAGAAAAUUUUGUCCUACCAUAUUUUGAAGCACGAAGUCCUAUAAUGGACUGAAUCCCAAAAAAACUAGGGGGAGUUUUCCUUGAUGCUGCAUGAUUUCUACAUUUAUUACUUUUUAAGCCAAAGUAUCAUUUGCAAGGAUUGUAGGUUAAAAUAUGUAAUGUACAUGGAUGGAGUAUUGUGCAAUUUAAUGUUUAGAUAUUGUAAUACUCCUUGAAAUGGUUUUCUCUUAUUUUUAAUACUUUUCAUUUAAUUGAAAUUGCAUGUCUGUGGCAAGACUUUAUUCAUACUUGUAACUAUAUUAAGACAUUCUAAUCUAAAACAAUUAUCUCCAUCCUCAAGGCAUAUUGUGACUGCAACUUCAAGAAUUUGGCUAUGUUGGCUAGGAAAUUCUGAUAGGUUAGUACAAAUGCAUCUGAAGGGCAUCAGAUUGGAGAAGAUUGUUGUAAAGGGAACUGAAUUUGUUGACCACAGUAAAACCAGCUAUACAUAUGCAAUAGCAUAGUAAAUGAUCCAUGCAUUGCUAUCCCUUUAUUGCUUGUAUAAAUAAAUCGUAGUAUUAAAGCAGAAAAUAUAAGAACAUUGUAAAAGAAUAAUCAGAAUAAGUGAAAUUUGAGCCAUUUAAGUAAAAGAAAAAUACAGUCCAGUAUGUUUGACCUUUACAUUUAUUUGCUAAAUAAAACUUCAGUUUAUUUCAGCUCUAUGCCUGAGAUUGUCAGAAGGCACUCAGUUAGUUAUUUCAUGGGGCAAAGGAGCCAGGGAGUCAAAAUCUUAUCGCCUUCACUUCCUUCUCAUCUGAGCAGCUAUUUGAUUGAUGGUCACAUUUUUUAUUAGGAUUAUGCACACAGAUCUGGCAAUCAGAACAAAGGGAACUGAUGUGCAGUAUUCAGUUGUAUGUCCUUAUCUAUUUGCAAAUAAGUACAUAAUCCAGUAUCCAGGCUAUAGUUGAAUAUGAGCAUAUGUGUAAGAAGAGUGGUAGACUGCAAAAGGAAGAAAACAAGAAAUAUGAAGACUUUGUUGAAAACCAAUAUAAAUUCCAUACAAUUAGAAUUUCAAAGCUGAGAGUUAAAUUGUAUACAAUUUCAAGGAAGGAAAAGUCCUAAAAUGUAUAAAGUAAGCAUUAUAUUUUUCUGGUUCUAUAAGCUGAUUAAUCACUAACAGAUGUUUUGAUAAUAAAAAUGAUUUAAGUAGAUGGAGAAGAAAUAAGUUAUCCUGAUGGUUAAUUACUCCAAGUUGAGCUUAGUGGCUAGUGUUGGGUUCUGAAAGGCUUCAGAUGCAUAUUUUUCA